AUGGAUGUAGUGGGAGAAGAAAGCUCCGGUGGCGGCCAUGGGCACGCAGUGUCCUCUAAGAAUAAGAUUGUUCAUGGGGAACUUCUUGAGCACCGGCGCCUGCAGCACCAACCAGAACAACUUGCAGAUGACGUGGCAGAAAUCAAGCCAAAACAACUUGCAGAUGAUGUGGCAGAAAUCAAGCCAAAACAACUUGCAGAUGCUGAUGGCUUUCUCAUUGGGUUUCCUUCUCGUUUCGAAAUGAUGCCUGCUCAAUUCAAGGCCUUCUUUGAUGCCACCCAUGAGCUAUGGGCAUCACAAGCACUUGCUGGCAAACCUACUGGGAUUUUCUGGAGUACUGGUUUCCAUGGUGGAGGCCAGGAGCAACCGCGGACUCACCGGAGAUAG